AUGAGUUCCUCCCAAGCAAAGCGCCUCGCUGGCAAGACCAUCCUUAUUACCGGCGCCAGCUCCGGUAUCGGGAAAAGCACCGCGUUUGAAUUCGCGCGCACACAGCCCGAUGACCUCAAGCUCAUCCUCACAGCUCGCCGCGAGGAAGCGUUGAAGGAAGUCAAGAAGGAAAUUGAGGGAUUGGCAAAGGGCGUUAAGGUCCAUGUUGUGAAGCUGGACGUCAGCAGUGUCGACGAGAUUAACCAAUUCGUUGGCAACCUGCCAGCGGAAUUCAAGGAGGUCGAUGUACUCGUGAACAACGCCGGGCUCGUCAAGGGUGUAGACAAGGCCCCCGAGAUUCAGCAAGCUGACAUCAACGUCAUGUUCCAGACCAACGUCACCGGCCUGAUCGCCAUGACCCAAGCCAUUCUGCCCCUGUUCCUCGCCCGCCCAGACGGUGGCCGUGGCGACAUCAUCAACAUCGGCUCCAUUGCCGGUCGCGAGCCGUACCAAGGCGGUAGCAUCUACUGCGCUUCCAAGGCCGCGGUGCGCAGCUUCACCGACUCCCUGCGCAAGGAGCUUAUCGCCAGUCGCGUGCGCGUUAUUGAGAUUGACCCUGGGCAGGUUGAGACAGAGUUCAGUGUGGUCCGAUUUGGCGGCGACAAGGACAAGGCGAAGAAGGUUUAUGAGGGCGUUGAGCCCCUGACUGGAGACGAUAUUGCUGAGGUGGUUGUUUUUGCUGCUGCGAGGAGGGAGAAUGUCGUUAUUGCUGAUACGCUGGUCUUCCCGAACCAUCAGGCGGCUGCGACGGUCAUGCACAGGAAGUCGACAUGA